GUGUGUGCAAUUAGUGAGUUGUGGUGCGUAAAGGGGAGCGGAUCAAAGUCUGGGCGCUGAGCGGGAUCGGAGGUCCGAUCCAGCCCCAAAGAAAAAAGAAACAGAAGAGGAGAAGGAAGAGGAAGAAGAAGCGAUGGCCGACUAAGACCUAUUUCCUUCGGGGAUCAGGUGGCUCCGGACUCUUGUUCACCCCGAAAGAGGAGGAAAGGGACGCCUACGCGGAAGGAAAGGGGAGAGGCAGCACCUGAGAGAGUCCCAAUCCCGGUUCAGACAUGAGGCAGAGCCACCCGGUGCCAAGUCUCCUUUUGGGGCUGCUUUCUCUCUCGAGGUAUCUCCUGCCGGCCGCUUCCCAAGCAGUCUGUGCAGGCACCCUAAAUGGAUUCAGCGUGACAGGAGAUGCCCACCAACGGUACCAGACACUACAGAAAAUGUACAACAAUUGUGAGAUUGUUAUGGGCAACCUCGAGAUUGUGCUCAUUGAACAAAACCAUGACCUCUCCUUCUUACAGACUAUCCGAGAAGUUACUGGCUAUGUUUUGAUUGCCAUGAAUGUCUUCACAUACUUGCCGCUUCAGAAUUUGCGCAUGAUACGAGGGACACAGUACUAUGAAGACAAGUAUGCCCUCUACAUCGUUCUCAACUAUGAAAAGAACGUCACCCAUGCCCUCCACCAAGUGGGCUUCAACCAACUCACAGAAAUCCUCUCCGGGGAUGUCUACAUUAGGAAGAACAAGCAAUUGUGCCAUGUUGACACUAUUGACUGGAAGGACAUCAUCCGAGAUCCACGUUUCCAAGCAGUGGUCCAAGAUAAUGGGGAGAAGUGUUUGCCAUGUCAUGAGAACUGCAAUGGCCAUUGCUGGGGUCCUGGUCCGGAGGACUGUCAAAAAUUGACCAAGACCAUCUGUGCCCCUCAGUGCAAUGGACGCUGUUUUGGUCCCAACCCCAAUGAAUGCUGUCAUGAUGAGUGUGCAGGAGGAUGCACGGGGCCACUCAAAACGGAGUGUUAUGCCUGCCAGCACUUCAAUGACAGUGGCGCUUGUGAAACACUCUGUCCACCACCACUGAUUUACAAUAAACUCACCUUCCAGCUGGAGCCCAACCCUGACACCAAGUACCAGUAUGGUGGCAUCUGUGUUAAAAACUGCCCACAUAAUUUUGUUGUGGAUCGAAGCUCAUGUGUCCGGACCUGUCCUCAUCACAAAAUGGAGGUUGAAAAAAAUGGCCAGAAGAUAUGUGAGCCUUGUGAGGGACUCUGCCCAAAAGCUUGUGAAGGCACUGGAUCUGGAAGCAAAUACCAAACUGUUGAUUCCAGUAAUAUUGACAACUUUAUCAACUGCACCAAAAUCCUGGGAAAUUUGGACUUCCUUAUCACUGGUCUGGAAGGAGACCCGUGGCACAAUAUAAGUGCCUUGAAGCCGGAAAAACUGAACAUCUUCCGGACGGUGCAAGAGAUCACAGGCUACUUGAACAUCCAGUCGUGGCCCAAACAUAUGCAAGAUUUCAGUGUCUUCUCCAACCUGGUCACCAUUGGUGGGCGCAGCCUUUAUAACCGUGGGUUUUCCUUGCUGAUCAUGAAAAAUAUGAAUGUCACCUCUCUACACUUCAGCUCGCUUAAGGAGAUAAGUGCUGGCAAAGUCUACAUCACUGAGAACCGACAACUUUGCUAUUACAAUACCAUCAACUGGGAACGUCUCUCACGCCGGAGUUCAGAUCUUGAUAUUAGGAGCAACAAACCUAUCAAGAAGUGCAAGCAAGAAGGGAAGCUUUGUGACCCUCUGUGCUCCCAUGAUGGCUGCUGGGGACCUGGGCCAGACAACUGUGUCACCUGCCUCAACUACAGUCGUGAAGGAACCUGCGUUGGCUCCUGCAACUUCUUUGAGGGGGAUGUUCGCGAGUUUGCAGAAGGUGGUGCCUGCUUCUCUUGCCACCCACAGUGCCAGAAGAUUGAAGGAGGCCUCACCUGCAACGGUUUGGGUGCCGAUGCCUGCACAAUUUGCUCUGGCUACAAGGAUGGGCCACACUGUGUGGAAAGCUGCCCCAGGGACAUCCAAGGGGAGAAAGGGCUUAUCUUCAAGUACCCUGAUGCCAACAGGGAGUGCUGGUCAUGCCAUGAGAACUGCACAAAUGGGUGCGAUGGCCCACAAAUUGAAGACUGCUUCGUGGAGGAAAUGCCUGUUGUCGGGAAACCCCCAACAGUGAUUGCUGUGAUGGUUGUGGGCUGCCUUUUUGUCUUUUGCUCCUGCGUCUUGCUCACCUUCCUGUAUUGCCGUGGCAAGAAGAUUCAGAAGAAGCGGGCCAUGCGCAGAUACUUGGAAAGAGGAGAGAGUUUUGAGCCCUUGGAUCCCAGUGAGAAAGCCAAUAAAGUCCUGGCCCGAAUCUUCAAAGAGACAGAAUUAAAGAAACUGAAAGUUAUAGGAUCGGGGGUCUUUGGAACAGUGCACAAAGGUGUCUGGAUCCCAGAAGGAGAUUCCCUCAAGAUUCCCGUGAGCAUCAAAGUUAUACAGGAUUCAAGUGGUCGACAGACAUUCCACGCUGUCACUGAUCACAUGUUGGCAAUAGGUAGCCUGGACCAUGCUUAUAUUGUCCGCCUCCUGGGUAUUUGUACUGGCACCCAUCUGCAGCUUGUCACCCAGCUCCUGCCGCUGGGCUCAUUGCUGGAGUAUGUCCGGAAAAACAAAGAUGCCAUUGGCCCCCAGGUGAUGCUCAACUGGUGCGUGCAGAUUGCCAAGGGUAUGUACUACCUGGAGGAGCACCGCAUGGUCCAUCGCAAUCUUGCUGCUCGUAAUGUUUUGGUAAAAUCCCCAAGCCAGGUACAAGUGGCGGAUUUUGGCAUUGCUGAUUUGCUUUAUCCAGAUGACAAGAAAUAUUUCUACAAUGAAAUAAAGACACCAAUAAAAUGGAUGGCUUUGGAGAGCAUACAUUUUGGAAAAUAUACACACCAAAGUGAUGUAUGGAGUUAUGGGGUGACCUUAUGGGAGAUGAUGACUUUUGGGAGUGAACCUUAUGCGGGAAUCCACCUCUCAGAAGUGCCUGACCUUCUGGAGAAAGGGGAACGUCUCUCACAGCCCCAGAUUUGCACCAUUGAUGUCUACAUGGUGAUGGUAAAAUGCUGGAUGAUUGAUGAGAACAUUCGCCCCACUUUCAAAGAGCUAGCCAAUGAGUUCACACGGAUGGCCCGUGACCCUCCUCGCUACCUGGUGAUUAAGAGAGAAUGUGGAACACUCCCCCAUGCUGAGCCACCGCCCCUCACUGAAAAGGAACUGGAUGAGAUGGAGACACUGGAUAUGGAGUCAGAGCUGGAAGAAGAGGAGCUUAAUAACCUCUUUGUUUCCAGGCAGUGGAUUGACUCCACGCGGGCUCCAAAUCCUCUGAAUCCUUCUGCUGGGUACAUCCCUAUGAAUCAGAGCACCCUGAGUGGAAGUCGCCAGAGCACUGGUCUGGGGUCCCGGCAGACUUUGCGCCUAAGGCAGGAGUCAGUGGGUCGUACGAUAUCAGAAUCAUCAGAGGGGCGAGGCACAGCCUCAGAGUAUGACCUUACAGAGGAUUUGUCGCUGUCUGGGAGCCUCUGCCGCAGCCUACGGUCCCGUGGAGAUAGUGCCUACCUGUCUCAGCGAGAAAGCCUGAUGCUUCCAGUUGGGAGUGCUGAUGGAGAGGAAGAUGUCAAUGGCUAUGUCAUGCCAGAUCGAAGUGGCAGAGAGCGUGCGGCUGGCCUUGCUGCCUCCCUGGUCCGAGGUUCUUUCCCAGUGCAUGAAGCAGAGGAAGAGUACGAGUACAUGAAUCGGCGCCCUGCACAACCCUCGCAGCCUCGGCCGGCCUCUUUAGAGGAGCUUGGCUAUGAGUACAUGGAUCUGGGCUCAGAGCUGAGUGCAUCCCUGGGUAGUGUGCCCAGCUCCCAACUAACUACGCCUUGCCGGGAUGAAGGGGAUGAAGAAGAGGAUUAUGAGUACAUGAACAAGCAACCCAAGCUCAGCAAAUCCCUGAGCAGUAUCCACAGCUCUCGAGGAGACUAUACUGAUAUGGACUCGGGCAUCACACAGGGCUCUCCAGAUGAGCAAGGCUAUGAGGAAAUGGAUGCCGUCUUGCCCUCGGUUCAGUGUCUCGACAGCCAGAGUCCCCCCUAUCCAAAGAAUGGGUUCAUGAACCCCCUACGGACACUGGAAGCCUCGGACUGUGCUUUUGACAACCCAGAUUACUGGCACAGCCGGAUGUUCAGCAAGGCCGAUGUUCAACGAACUUAGCCAAGGGUUGGCAGCUUCAUCUAUCUCUAAGGAAGAUCCGCCUUAAUCAUGGCUCUUUAUCUGCCAACAACCUUACUGUGAUUUGUAGGGUGAAAGGGGGAGAAUUUCCAUAAGGCUCCUAAGCCCCAGGGACGUUGACCUCAGUAGGUGCGACCAACCAACACAGGUCUCCCUUUGGGUUGUACAAUAGCACCUCGGUCUGGCACAGUGGUCUGUUUCUCUGGUUCAAACACUCUGAUUUAGAAGGCAAAUAGGAACCACUUGGGGAGGGAGAAUCCAAACUGGUGGAAUUCACUCCACUACAAACUGAGAAGGCCUGAUCUAGUGAUAAGUGGUCCUUUUAUGUGUGGAGAAGAUAUGACUUGCUGGCUGUGUCUAGGCGCAGUGCUCUACUGUACGAGGACAUAAUCUCUUCAGGAAAUAACUCCAGUUUUGAAAGUCAGGCCAAGUCUCCCAUGCUGACCCGCCAAAGUGCAACACCGCAGUGGUACCCCAUGCUGAACCUUUGACAACAGUGGGGUCUAUGGGGGCCUGCCACUGCCACCACAGCUUCUGUAAUGACAACCCCCUGCCCUUCUACAGCAGGGGGGCUGACGCAUGAGCCAAGCAUGCUGAGAACCUGCAGUUGGCUGUAAGACUGAAGGGGAGGAAGUGCCCCCUUUAAAAAAAAGAUAAUGCCCUUGUUUGCUAUGCUUGACAAUGUAUGCAAUGGAAGAGAAGAGGAUUAGCUGUUGGAGAGAAUAUGAAGGAUAAUUAUGCUUUGUUCUUUCUUGCCAUGUGCCUGACAUAACCUCAUUUAGGGAGAAAAUGUGUCUGAAUGUGAAGCUGUGAGAAAACAUAGAUUCAUAGAGUUGGAAGAGACCACAAGGGCCAUCCAGUCCAACUCCAUUCUGCCAUGCAGGAACCUGUGGGUUUUGGUCUUACCUCUCAUAGAGAGGCUGGAAUCCAGAAUUUCUAGUCUCUGCCUUCAGCUCACAAACUGAUAUUCCAAGGUAUUAUUAACAAGCCCUGUGCCUUACAAAUGUUCAUAUCUAGGAGGAAUAAAGACAGUGGACAGAAAUAAAUGCUGACCAUACCAGAAACCCACAUUUCUAUCUCCAGCAUUCAGAUGCUCACUAUCAGCAGCAUCUCUCCCACCUGGCAGAAGUCAUCUCUAGCACAGCAGGGAGAAAGAGAGUGUGUGGUCUUGCUCAGGAGAUGGGAAAUAUUUCUAUCCCACCCCAAGGAGGUGUUUCAGGAUCUUUUGAAAGGCAUCAUUCUCAAUAUUGGCUCCCUUAGUGAAAGGGAAUAUAGGAUGUUUCUCAGGACGGGGGCCAUGUAAUAGAGGCAGCCUGAACUUAAUUCCCACGCCAACAGUUGAAUAAUCCAGUGGAGUUGUGUAUUACUGCUGAGUUGACUCAUGCUAUUCAGAUGGCUGCAAAGUUGCACUGUGGGCUUCAAUACUGUUUCUCCUGAAUCAGGCUUGUUUACACAAGAGUAUGACUUGGGAAUACAUUUCUCCUUUCCAUCACCACCGUCUGCCCAACCUUGCCUUAAAGGCCAGUCAUACUGUAUGUAACCUUAACUUUGUUUUCACAUGUUCUCAAUUGCAUCAUAAAAGGGAUAUUUACAAAAGGAGGGAAAAUCAAAUGCAGUCAGGGAGAGAUGAAGGCUGUUAGAGAAACCCUGCCUUUGAUCUUAGAUCUCAGCGUCUUGUUUGAGUCCUGUGCAAAAUCCUUUCUGCAGUGUGUUUUAAAGAAGUAUCACCUUUAGGUGCUUGAUCUGUAUUUGAGUUGGCUCAGCAAAACAUGGUUAAGGAGAGAAAAAUCACCCAGAUUGGUGAGGUCCCAUGUUGGUCUUCAGAAGUUCUUCUAACUUAGAAAUAAUAUGCUUGAAAGUUCCUUGGAGAAGUUUUGAAAAUAUGUGAUGCUACUUGUGUUAUCAACAGGCUGGUGAAUUGCUUACCGAUCCGCACCCCAGCAAAUUCCUCAUUCUCUUCAGUUCAAACAGAGGAAAAGAGUAGGUGACAUACAAACAGGAGCGCCAUUCUUUUCCGAGCCAUUUUGAAUCCCAGUAUUUCAGAUGUUAUUCACUGAACUGAGAGAAGCAAGCACUUUUGGUGUGUAGGUGAAUGGCGUUUAAACAAUGCUCAGAUGACUGAGGCUGCAUCUACACUGACCAUUUAAUGCAUUUCAAAGUUAACUUCCAACUUCAGUGACCAGACAAAAAAUUCCCACAAAAGUGCACAAAAUAAAGCCCUUAAAGCGUAUCAGUGGCUUGUAUCAUCACCAUCUGGGCUUCAGAACUGAUUCACAGAUUUUCGAUGUAAUCAUCUCCAUGGUGAAACCACUUUCUUCAAUACUGGUUUGAAACUGCAUUAAAUGGUUAGUAUAGACGACAUGAGUGGAUUCUGAAGAAGAGCUCUCAUUUAAUUUGCCUUGGAGGUUAUAAGGCUCUCUGGUUACAAUGCAGCUGUCCAUGAGACAUAUUACACACACACACACACACACACACACAGAGAGAUAGUUCUCCUGGCCCAGUGUGGGAAACAGGGAGUUGAUAAAUUAGCUCCCUGUCUGGAUUGGAAUUCUGCAGGGUGUGGUGAAAUCUUGAAAAAGUUGAAAAGCAGGUAGAGCUACCUGUGUUGCGCCAACUAGACUGGCACCUGAACUGCAAGGGGCUGGCUAAGGCCUGGGAAGAGUGCUAGAGACGCUAUUAGAUUGCCCUCUACAGGAAAAAAGUUAUAAAAUAUUGCCAAAGUUUGUUCUUAUUAAGUGGAAUCUUUUAGGGGAGAAGAUAAGAAACUGUCACUUCUGGUGUGAGAAUUAGCCGUCUGCAAGGACGUUGCCCAAGGGACAUCAGGAUGUUUUGAUGUUUUUACCAUCCUUGUGGGAGGCUUCUCUCAUGUCCCCGCAUGGAGCUGGAGCUAGAGGGAGCUCAUCUCGAGCCGGCAACCUUUAAGUCAACAACCCAACCUUCAAGUCAUCAGUCCUGCCGGCAUAAGGGUUUAAUCCACUGUGCCACCAGGGGCUCAGUGGAGUCGUAAAUAACCAUAGUAGUCAGUGGUUUGAGUAGUGAUGUCAGCAGUUCAUAUCAGAGAAAAUGACAGGCAAGGGGAGGAGACAUCCUGGUUCAAUGCUGAAAUCAUGGUGUAGGCUGAUAAGUCUAAGGGUGCAGUCUAAUGCACAUACCUGGUAGCAAGCCACAUGCACACAGUGGGAGUUUCUUCUGAAUCAACAAGCAUAGGACUAAACCAUCGGGUUCUACCAGAACAACAGGAAUUGUUUCUUUGCCAAGCAAUUUCUCCCAGUAUUCCUAUCUCUUUCAUUUUGACCAACCAGCCAAAAGAUCCUUCUUUCCUGGAGGGGAAACACUGUGUUGAGGAACACAGAACUGAAAUUAGCUUGGCAGUAGUUUUCUAAGAGAAGUUACCCAUUAACAAAAGCAACAGAACCAUACAUUACAUUUUAGCAAUUCAUUUUAAAAUCCAUCUUAUGCAACUGAGGAUAUUGUGUUUUACUCACUGAUUAUACAUGCAAAAGAUUGCAGCCUUAAAGGUAUGACAGCUUCUUGAUCAGUUAGCCUGGCUAUCAUUAUAAUUGUUAGCUGAAAUUUGUGUGUGUGUGUAUGUGUAUAUAUAUAUGCUUAAAAGUCAAGACUUACAACAACCUCAUUAAUUUCAGUCUUUUCUUAGGCAAGGGAUAUUCAAAUGUGGGUUUGCAAGUUCCUUCCCCUGAAAUAUAGCCUAAAGCACUUGGUAUUUGUUGGCGGUCUCUCAUCCAAGUACAAACCAUGGCUGAUGCAGCCUAGUUUCCAAGAUCAGACAGGAUCUAGUGCCUUCAGGGCAUUUAAGCCAAGUUUAAAUUUGCUGUCUCAUAAAGCAGGAAGAAUAAAAGAAACGCAUUUUGAUGGGCAACUAGUUCUUUUGAUUAUAAAAUGCAGAAAUUGAUUAGAAUUUGAUUUAGCCUAGAAAGGAAGUUGAAGGAUGCAGGAACAAGGGAAAUCGUUUAAAAUGGGGAGAGUUGUGAGAUGGAAGUGUUUUAACUUCUGUAUUUACCUAGAUCAGUGUUUCUCAACCUGUGGGCCCCCAGGUGUUUUGACCUACAACUUCUAGUAAUCCCAGCCAGUUUACCAGCUGUUAGGAUUUCUGGGAGUUGAAGGCCAAAACAUCUGGGGACCCAUAGGUUGAGAACCACUGACCUACAUUAUGCUUUUCAAUAAAACAUGUGCUAUCAAUGGCUUGAGCACAACAGGCAUUCAAAGACAGCUUCUUAAACUGUGUUUGGGUCACAAAAAAUUGGCCACCCAUUUACAUUUGGUAGCAAUGUGCAGUGUUUAUAGUAAACUCUUCAGAAAAUGCUUUAGUUGUACUCCACAAAAAGGAAAAUCAGCCUUGCAAAUGCCAAUUUAUCAGUUAGUGUUUGAUUUUUUAUACCUGUUUUAUUUACCUAUAUAGCUGGGGCCACAUCAAAAUUUCUCCGGCAGAAAGGGGUCGCAAGUGGAAAAGGUUUAAGAAACACUGCUUAAGGGGACAAAUGAACUUUUUAAAAAAAUCAUUACAACAGUGAUGAGCACCAAACAAAAAGCAUGCUAUUGUCCUUGCCGACUUAUGUGAUUUUUGUCUGUGUUUUUCUAAUAGUAGCAUAAUAAUGUCUUUAAUGUGUUCUCCAAAGCUGAACAUGUAUACUGUCUGUUAGACUGUGACUGUUGUUUUACCAUGUCUGGAAACUGAUAAAAUGAAGGAUUCUGUCUUCUUCUUUAUUCUGAA